AUGAGCCAUGAUACUGCAUUGCAAAAUCAGCUUUGUCAAUUCUUUUGUAGUGUUAGAAAAUCUGGAAAAAAAGAAUAUGCACCUUCUUCAUUGCAUAAACGGCUUCAUGAAAUUUUUGAUGGUCAAAUUAAACAAAUUCAAGAUAAUCAAGAUACAUCUUGUAAGAAAACUGAUGCACUUGAAAUUAUUGAAGUAAAUAUACCUCAUGAAAAAAAUAAUGCAGGAGAUGCCAAAAAUCCAUACAAUGCUGGUAGACAUAAUUAUAUUCCCGCAGAUCAACCAAAUUAUUAUUCUCCAGUAGCAGAUAUUUUAUUAUAUCAAUCUAAAAGACCAAAAGAUU